AGAGAGAUAAGCGACGACAAAUACAGUGUUAUCGGUCGGUAUCUUAUCUUAAUCCACUUACUUUUUGCAUUUGAAUGUCGAUGAAAGAAGAUGCCUUUUUACUUUCCAAAGAAAACGGCAGACACUAUUGUUAAUUUGUUUUGUCUUAUCCUCAUCGCAAUCGUUUGGGGACACGUCAUUUACACGGGACGAGUUCUCAAUAAGCGCUUCGCCUCGGGAAAAUUGACGGUUCAGGAAGUCGAGCUCUAAUACGGAUUAAUAAAAUUUUCAAUAAGCAUGGCUGACAAUUAUCUUGCACAAAUUCAGGACCGUUUCCGUUCUAUUCAUAGCUUAGUGAUUGAUGUUGCAGAUGUGCACACCAAAAAUGGCAACGGUAUCACAGCUGUUACUAAAAUUCACGAGAAAGCUCGACGCGAUGACAAAAUUACUGUUGCAAAUAAACAAAAAUUAAAAAAUCUGUAUGCCACAACCAUUUCUGAAGCCGAGGGUGAGGAACAACUCAUCAGAAAAGCAUUGGAAAAAGUAUAUGAAAUUCGCUCCAUCAAGAAUGAUAGACGCAUUCAAGCGAAAUCCUCCGGAAAUAAGGAAACGAUCAGAAGAGGAGCAUUAAUGAAAGCUUUGCAAACAUCAGCACAAACUUUACCCUUAUGGAUUGGCAAGCCUGGCGAAAAACCUCCCCCAUUAUGUGGAAGCAUAGCACCGGAUGCUAACUACGUUUCUAAAUUUGGUGACAUGGUUGCCGCUCUACAGCGCAGUCCGGAAGGCGACGAAAACUGGAUUCUCGCCGAAGUUGUCAGUUAUAAUGGAUCCACACAGAAAUAUGAGGUCGAUGAUAUCGACGAAGAGCAGAAAGAGAGAUUAGCCCUGAGCAAGAGACGCGUCACGCCGUUGCCCUUGAUGAGAGCCAAUCCUGAAACGGAUCCCGAUGCUUUAUACCCGAAAGAUACGAUUGUCAUGGCGUUAUAUCCUCAAACAACUUGUUUCUACAAAGCCGUGGUCAACGUUCCCCCUCUGUUUCACAAUGACGAGUAUGAAGUGUUGUUUGAAGAUUCGAGCUAUUCCGAAGGAUUCUCACCCCCUUUGAAAGUAGCUCAAAGAUAUGUUAUUGCCAUCAGGGACAAGAAAACUAUCAAAUAGAAAAAAUACAAUUUUAUACACAUAUUUCAAAUUACUAUUUUUAGCUGUUUUAUCUGUACCACGACAUGCAUAAAUACUGAGGAGAGAGGAUAUUAUCCUUGUAGCAGAAUGUAAAAGUAGAUAGAAUUUAUAUCGGGCAACUACACCCACCUGUGUAAUGUUGUUAGUUUUAUACCGUUUUAUGAAAAUCAUUAAAAGAAGCCUUCGACAAACAAAAAUACAUA